CUAGGUUUACAGAGCAGAUUGGAUCAGAUCAAGGCAGAGAGAGUAAAGAGGAGAGAGGGAGAGGAGAGAGUGGGAAACUGAGUGAGAGAGCAAAAGAGAGAGAGAGAGAGAGAAGCAGAGAACAGACUGUUUAAAACAGCACUGUUUCGGGAAAGGAGGGACAUCCAGCGCAGCAGCAGAGGCAGCAUACUGAUCCUCCAACCAGCUGCUGAGCAGACCUCCAGAGCGCCAGACCUCACCCUCAGCCUGACCUCUCUCCACCCCAGCAGAUAGCUGCCCGCUGACGGAAGAGAGAGCAAGAGACACACCAGGGAAAAGGAGAGGAUCCCACUCCACCCGUUCAAAACCGCCUCAAGCUGUGGCUAGGGGAGCAGACAGACAGACACCGGUGCUGCAGGCAGUGGUGAGAGAUGGUUAGGAGGAGGAGACUACAGCUCCAGAGUGGAAUAGCUGGAUCGAACCUGAGAGGAAUUCCAAAAACAGCUGUCCGGCAGACAUCCCUCCCGAGAGCAAGUGGCGAGAGCAGGGCGGCCCCAGGGCAGAGACAGUAGUCAGUCAGCCCCAGUGAGUUUGGGAACCACACGCCACACACACCUCUUUAGCAGUCAGCACUAGGACUGCAGACCUUCAGGAGGGCAGUGGACACCUUUUGGCAGGAACCAGGAGCUUAUCCCAGGAAUUACACAAGGUGAGGGAAAGGAAAUGGGGCUGGUUGACCACACUGCAACCUCAUAGACAACACUGGUGAGAACUUGGACUCCUGAUCAACUUGGAUUUCCUGAUUAAUGACAGAAAUAUCAAAGCUAUCUUCGGAGCAGCACAAGACAACACAGCCAUUUCAUUGAGAAUGUAAUUUCCUCAUCUCCCCAGGGAGACCUUGUGCUCAGUGUGAAGUUCUUCACCCAUCCUAAAGUUCCGGGAGAGUCCUCCUCUUUGUCCUUUAUCUCUGAGCUCUAUUCAACAGUGACCACCAUGCCUGCCAAAGCACCCAUCUACCUGAAGUCCAAAAAUAGCAAGAAAGGCAAGAAGUGUCGUCUGAGAGACAUCCUGUCCCCAGACAUGAUCAGCCCACCGCUGGGGGACUUCCGCCACACCAUCCACAUCGGAAAAGGCGGGGAGAGGGACGCCUUCGGGGACAUGUCCUUCCUCCAGGGAAGGUUUGAGCUCCUGCCUGGGAAAGGUGAGGUGUUCCGUCCGCAGUACAGCAUCCACAACGAGUUCCUGCGGGCCAACAGCGCAUCUGAUGCCCAGUUUCCUGACACACCCUCUCCCGUUCUAAAGAACGCCAUCUCACUCCCUUCAAUUGGGGGUUGCCAGGCCCUCACCCUGCCCCACCUCUCCACCGCUGUGUUCUCUAUGCCCGCUAUGGACCCCCUGGUUUGCAUGGUAGGGCGGAUCCCUACCUCUCCCCUGGGGAGCCCAGACGGGGCUGACAUCCUGGAGGUUGAAACCCCGUUGGGUUCCAUCGAGGUCUUCAGCAGCAACCCGACCAGACAUCCGACAGAAGUCACAACCAAACCAGGCGUCCUGCUGGAUCUGAUAGAGAAACCAGAGAAGCCAAAGACGGAGAAAGUCUCCAAAAGUCAUCAUAAAAAGCACAAUGGUGAAAACGGGUAUGAAAAGCCUUCACCUACCUAUUACAUCAAUGGCAACAGCAAUGGUAACGGUGUCUUCAAUGAAAACAGCAAUGGCAUCUUCAAUAGUAAUGAAGGCUUCAGCGGCAAUGACAACCGCAAUGGCUUUAGAAGCUUUAACAAUGACAUUACCCUCCGCUUCGAGAAAAAGCUCUCUGAUUGCAAUGGAGACUGGGUGGACAGGGACAGCGGGGUGGAUGAGGGGCGCCUAUGCGACUUUGACUUUGAGUUCUCCAAGGACAAGAGCGUGUCACAGUAUUCAAUCUCCCACAUCACCGGGUCUCUUCUGUCACUUGAACUCGAUUUGGGCCCCUCCAUUCUUGAUGAUGUACUCAACAUCAUGGGUGACCCCAAGGCAAAGAGCAGACCUUGAGCAAUGCCAAAGCUGAAGAGGUGAAAGGGAAAUACAGAACUUGAGAGAAGUAUGAGAAAGGUCUCACAAACCUGUCAAGAUACAGUCCAUGGCAUGUGGAGCGCUGCUUAUGUCCUUAUUUUCUAAAUAAGUUUCUAAUUUAGCUUCUUGGAAGUCUCAAUGCUUUUAUUGUUUGUGCGUUGUGCCACCAGUAUUAGGAGAUGCAUGUGCUAUUGAAUUACUACUAAACCAAAGCCAUUGUGCCUUUUAUUUUGCAAUUAAAUUAAGAUUAAAGGGUAGUUUAGUGUUCUUUUCCCGACUUUUGCUGUAGAUAAAAAAGGUUGCUUUGAUACACAAUCUAAAGCCCUGUUUCUCUGUAAAUAUAAUGCAUCUUGUGUGACUUUUAACAUGUUUAUCAAGGCACUGUUUUGUUUGUCACAUGACCAUUUUAUUAACAAAACUACAAAGAAUCUUAUGCAUAAUAUACAGUACUUGUGUUUUUAUUAAAUGGCAUUAAUAAAUUAAA